AUGGUCAGCUUCACCGGCUGGGUGGCCCUCGCCACGUUUGUGGCGCAGAACACCGCCGCCGCGCUGCUGAUGCGCUACGCGAAGACGCGCAUGGAGCCGUACAACUCUGCAGUCGCCGUCCUGCUUCAGGAGGUCGCGCUCAAGCUGCCCAUCUCGGUCGUGCUCUUCGCCGUCGAGUGCGGCGGCUUCGGCCAGAUGGUGCAGAAGAUCCGCCGCGACUUCAGCGAGCGGCCGCUGGAGUGGGCCCAGCUCUCCGUGCCCGCUCUCCUCUACCUCGUCACAAACAUCUCCGUCUAUGUCGGCUAUGACAACUUGGAGGCCGCGCUCGGGAUGGUGAUGUACCAGAGCAAGAUUGUCUUCACCGCCAUCUUCUCGGUCACGCUGCUCAACAAGAAGAUCUCAGUCAACCAGUGGUGCGGCGGCGGCGCGCCCGCUCGCGCGCUCUCGCCGGGCCGGCGCCACGGCGGCGGCAGGAGCCUGGCGGCGGCGGCGGAGAAGAACCGGGUGGUGGGGAUGGGCGCCUUCCUCCUCGCGGCCGUGUGCACCUCGUUCGCCUCCGUCUACUUUGAGAAGAUGAUCAAGUCGGACUCGAAGCCGUCGCUGUGGCUCCGCAACCUGCAGCUCGCAAUGUACUCGGGCGUCAUCGCCGUCGCCGGCCUCCUGAUCAACGACUACGACGAGAUUGCGAGGCAGGGCCCGCUGCACGGCUUCGGCUUCUGGACCUGGUGCGCGGUCCUCAACAACGCGCUGGGCGGGCUGCUCGUCGCUGUCAUCAUCAAGUACGCCGACAACAUCCUCCGCUCCUUCGCGCAGGGCCUCGCCAUCGUCUCGGGCGCCGUGGGCUCGUACCUGCUCUUCGACUUUCAGAUCACGGCGCAGUUCAUGCUCGGCGUCGUGCUCGUCAUCGGCGCCGUCUUUCUGUACGGAGCCCAGGCCAGCACACCCACCGAGCUGUGCGAGCAGCUGGCGCUCAGCUGCCUCGCGAGCGUCGCCCCCUCGCGAGGCGACAGCGCCCUCAGCGACGCCAGCGCGGACGCGCCGCUAAAGCCGGCUGCGUAUGCGUCGGUGCAGCCAACGGAACCGCACACGGCAGACGAGGUGGAGGAGCCCUGA